CCUGAGCGCCUCGGCCUCCUGGCGCCGCGCCGCGGGAGCGGGCUCCUGAGAAGCGUGGCGAGGUCCCGGGUCUGCGGCCGUUCGGGGGCGAGAGCGGAGGUGGCAGUCCCGUGAGCCGCAGGAAUGGGCGCGGGGGCGCCGACCCCAAGCGACGCGGAGAACUGGGGUCUCUUUCAGGAUUAGGAAUCUAUGCCACACUCACCUGCUCAACUGAGAAAGCAUUACCAUGCCAGGUAAAGGGAAAAGAAAAGGCCGAAGCCAGCCCCGUGGGAAAAAGCAGAAGAAACCGGAAGUGGACAUCCUCAGCCCCGCCGCGAUGCUGAACCUCUACUACAUUGCCCACAACGUCGCUGGCUGCCUGCACCUGCGCGGCUUCCGCUGGCCAGGCGCUACCAAGUCAAAGAAGGGGAAAAACAAGACUUAAGCCAGACCGUUUCCCAGCUUCUCUCUACUACAGAGGACAGAACUUGGGGAAGAGAAAUCAGGAUAAUACCACUGUUGCAAGCAAAACAGACUUUACUGAAGACAAUUUGAGAUGCAAGCUAAGUGUGCUUUUCAGUGGUAGUUAAUGCUAAAUGCAUUUUACUUCCUCAGCUAAACCCGGGUAUGGUGAGCCACUUUGGUUUUUUAGAAGAGGGGAAAAAAAAAUCCAAGUAAUUCCCACACGGUGAUGGAAUUGAUAGGACUUUAAAAAAUUAUUAUAAGUCUGGGUCAGAAUUAAACCUCGCUCUCCAAAGGCAGUUCUAGCUUGCAUGAGUUGUUUUCUUUUACCAAAGGGGGUCUGUUAUUUAGAGAAGACAUGGCAAAAAGCACAGAAUUUGCUUAUGUGUC